CCCAAAAUCAAAGAAUAUGACGAGAAUAUCGAUGACAUUGAAUUAGAGUCAGUGGGUAUAGGCGUGGGAGAAAGGGGAAAUGAUGGACAAGUUGGUGACGGCUCUAUUUCAGAGACCGAGCCUACGUUUUCUUCCAUGUCAUCACUAUCUAAAGAAGUGAGUGCAGCUUUAGCUGCUACUGACAUCUCCGUUUCCGCAACCGGAGAAGAUUCUUUUGAAAGUGAUUCUGAUGGAGAAAGUAUAGAUAUUUCCGCGGAAAUAAGUCAAUUUAACAAACACAAAGAAGAAGCAGCAAGAUAUUUACAAAACUUCCCAUUCGGGCCUUUUACCGAUGCAAUGGAAAUUGAAAAUACAGCGUAUAUUAACGAAAAAGAGGACGAGAAUCCUCAUAAUUCCAAUUUGAAUAAGAAAAACAAAUAUUUGGGUAUAGUAGAUAUAGAACCAGAAGAAUCAGGAUUAGUUGGAGAAAUUAUAUCACUGACAGGCAAGCAGCCUUCAAACAACAAUAACACCUCCAUCAUCUCGAAAACAAAUGGCAACUAUCACUUUACAGUAAAAACCGCUACUCGCACCCAAGAGAUCACCACAAUUUCUGCUGUUGCAUUCACCACUCCUUCCUGCGGCAGUGUUUUCGAUCCAAUUGACGCCGGAUCACGUUUCUACGUCAAACGACGCAUAGUAAUCGGAAACGUGUCAAAAUGGAUUCCACAUGAAAAGCGGGAACCAAAGCUCGAGAAAUACACGCACAAAUGGAUGGUAUAUGUUGUUGGGCCGCCGCAUUCGUUGAACAUCACGUCUUUUAUACGUAAAGUGCGGUUCUAUUUGCAUCCUAGUUAUCGACCUAAUGAUAUUGUGGAUCUUAAGGAAGCGCCGUUUCAGAUUACGAGGUUUGGGUGGGGUGAGUUUCCGGUGAGAGUUCAAUUGUUUUUUGUUGACAAAAAAAACAAGCCAGUGGAUGUGAUACAUCUGUUAAAACUCGACGAAACCCAUUCUGGUAAACAGAGAUUAGGAGAUGAGCGUGCAUAUGAUCUUGAGCUUGACAGAAAUACCGAAUUUAUGGCGCCACGCGAAGAAAAGAUACCAGAAAAAAAUUCAACUAAUGGUACAAAAAUUAGCAAACGUCCUGAUGGGUUAACAAAAAAUCUGAAUGGCGUUCAUCUUCACAGUGAAAACACAACUUCUAGUGAUAUUUCUUAUUUAUUGGAACCAUUGUUAAAUGAGACAGUUCACUCUUACCCGCUUAUUCGGCCCAAUUCUGAGAGCUCUAGGAAUGAUUCUCUUCCAUAUAAUACUGCUCCUUCAACUCAAUUAUUUCUCGCAUGGGAAUUGAACGUUCGAACAUCAGCAGAAUGGCAGAGAGCAAGAGCGAUGCGAAUAAUGGUUCAAUCUAUGUCGCAAUCAAUAGCCGAUGAGAAAAUACAAGAAGCAGCUGCUUCAUUGACAACAAAAGGAGUAGCUUUAUGGUGUCGAAAGAAAAAACAUACGCCAAUAUUGCCUGAUGAAAGUGAUUCCACGUUAAAUAUCUUUGACAAAUCUCUAGAGUCAUUAGAGUCUCCAAUAGCAACCCAACAGUUAGUCACGUCUCCCGAAUCAUUCUUGUUUUCCUCGACCUCUUUAACAACCCCUACAAUCUAUUGUAAAUAUUGUGGAUGUCUCAAUUCGUGGCAUGAAACUGAACUUACAGAAGAUGGGUUGUCCUCUCUUACAAAAAUCAAAUGUAAAAGACGACCACGCGCGCUCCGUAAAUUCGGGAAACUAUGCGGUUUAACGUUAGCCAAUGAAUCUAUUGAAGAAUUAAGCAAAGACUCCUGUCAAGAAGAGGAAAAUAUGGAGAUGGAUAUUGACAUUGGCAAUUUUGAUAUCAAGGAAACAAUGACAAAUAUUUUCAACCCAAGUAUACUGUCCCAAAAUGAUGAUAAAUCAAAUGAAUGGCUCACAAUAAAUAGUAUGCUGGAUCCUCGUGGAAUUGACUGGGUAUGGGAUGUAGUUGCAGAACUCGAAAUGAAAAGUGUCGUAGCAACAAAUAUAUCCGCAUCGGAUGACAACACUAUUUCUAUGGAAGAUGAUUCAAUUGUUGCAGUUGAACAACGAUUGGUGACUGGAAAUUUAUUAUUUCAGUUAACAAAGAUAUUCUUGGGAGACAUUUUGAAUAAAUCUGUAGAAAUAUACAAAAACGAAGAAAAAAAUGACACAGCUAGUAGCAAGAAUUAUUCUCUUUCAUCUAUAAAAAAAGAGGAAAAAGAAGAGGAACGAGACUCAUCAUGGCAAGAACAUUCCAAUAGCAUGGAUAUUGACGACGAAGCUUUAGUUCCUAUGAUAGAAGAAUCAAAAAAACACGUUUCUUCAUCAUCAUCACCAUCACUCCAAAUCCCACAUCCAACUAAACUUCUGGUUCCAUAUCAUAUUUAUCAAGCCCUAGAAAGUAACCCCCAAACAGACUUUUUGACAGGAAAAUAUUUAGCAUCGAUGAAUUCAUGUAGUGCACACCGAUCAAAAAAAGCGGAAUCCUCGAAAAAUGAAGGAAAUAAGGAGGAAAUAUAG